AUGGGCCAAUUCAACAGCAAGAGACAAUACACAGACAAUAAUGAUGUCGCUAUCCAUCGGGAGCAUCUCUAUUUGGCAAGCAAAGUCUUCAGUGACCUCGAAGAUCUUCUCGACUCUCCAGAACUGGACUCUUGCCAGAUGUGUCAGCAGGGUAUGAGGAUGGCCAAGACAUUUUCAUUAAAGGCACCAGAGAUGGUUCCUGGAGUCCUUAGAGUUCUUUGUGCCAAGUACUCUUUCAAACGACUAGAUGCCUGCGCAGGCCUGAUGGAGCGACUGGGACCGCAGCUGGUCGGCAUCUUUUCAGAGAUGAAUCUGGAUGGAUCUGAUGGAUAUUACGCCUGCGCCUAUUCCUUCCCCGGAUCCUGUCCCGUCCCGCUUCACCGACCCAAGCCCAUUGAAUUCCCCAAACCAAAGCCAACGAAUGCUCAGCAGCCUGCGCCCAGUGGCGAGACCAUUCAGGUCCUACACUUUUCAGAUUGGCAUCUCGAUCCGCUUUACAAACCAGGAACGGAAGCAAAGUGCAGCCAUAAUAUCUGCUGUCGUGAUUAUGGGCGAUGGAACGAUCCAGGGCCUAUAAAAAAGCCGGCAUCGAAAUGGGGCGAUGGUAAAUGUGAUACGCCCAUUGCGUUGGGGCUGAGUGCCUUAGAGGCCAUCCCAAGGUUUGUUCCGAAUGCGAGCUUCGGGCUGUUUACGGGUGAUAUCGCGAGUCAUGAUUCCUGGAUGAUCACGGAGAAAUAUAUUGCAGACGAGGAGACGAGGAGUUACGAGUUAUUCAAGCAAUAUCUUCAGGACUUGAAGCUGUAUGUGGCCAUGGGCAACCAUGAUUCCUAUCCAAGUGACCAGGCGCCAGGUCGGAUGCGGCCCAAUUCGUACAUCACCCAUAAAUGGUUAUACGAUCAUGUUGCAGGAAUUUGGGAGAAGAACAACUGGAUCACCUCUGUGGAAGCCGAGUAUGCUCGCUCACACAACGCCAUGUUCAUGACGAGACCUAUGCCUGGUCUCAAGCUGAUUACCCUGAAUACCGACCUGUACUAUGUCCGUAACUUUUUCACCAUGCUGGACACGGAGCAGGAUGAUCCCAGUGGGAUGUUUCAUGACCUGAUCCUAGAGCUCCAGGAUAGCGAGGAUCGUAACGAGCGAGUUUGGAUCAUGGGACACAUGGCUCCGGUCACCAGAACUUUGCCCCGAUCGUCUUUACUCUUCCAGAAGAUCGUCGCCAGAUAUUCGCCACACGUUAUCGCGGGGAUCUUUACAGGCCAUUAUCACCAGGACAAGUUCAUCGUCGUGCACGAUCCAGACGCGGCUGAGCAGAAUGAGGAGUCGGCUGUCAAUGUCGUUUAUCAGGGACCAAGUAUCACACCGCUUGAUAGAUCGAACCCAGCCAUCCGGUGGUAUGAUAUCGACGCAAAGACGUUUUCAGUGCUCAACACGCAUACAGUGAUUGCCGACAUCAUCAGCGAAGCAGCAUAUUGGGAGGCAAAUGACAUGAAUCCUGAAUGGAAACUGGAAUACUCUGCUCGGGAAACAUACAGCGAUCCUGGUGCUCCCCUGGCUCCUGAAGAACCGCUAUCACCUGCAUUCUGGCACCGCGCUGUGGAGCGAAUGAAGGACGAUCGAGAGCUUUUUGAAACGUAUCUUCAGUACGAGUCCAAGCUGUCUGAGGAAGCCAGGCCCUGCCAUAAGGGAUCUGCGUGUGAGACGGAGGCGCUUUGUCAGAUGCAGGCCUCAACGGUGGUCCAGCACGAAGGAUGCACUGCAGAGGCAGAGGCCUUGAGGGGGAGAAAGAAGAAGAAGAGGCCGAAUAAGAAAGAGCCCUUUAUGAUCACUCGGGCUGGGCGAGAGGUGAACGUGGAGGAUUAUGACGAGCAACGAGGUUUUGUCCCGGGCCCGGGCAUUGAGCGGCGGGAACUCCGGUCACCGGUCAAACGGAGGCUUGAUAUCGCGAAGGACGAUCUUUGA